GGCGGCCCCCGCAUGCAUGGCCGAGAGGGGCGCCACUUACGACGCGCCAAGAGCUUGUCAAUAAACAUGUAUUUCUCGGCUCGACAUCAACGUGCACCCCCACCACCACUCUUGUCUCCCGGAUCUUGCCUCCCGCCUUCGUCCUCCGUCUAACGUAACCACAGUGUACUUCUCUAUUUCAUCCCAAAUACGCACAGCGCGACUCCAAGAAGAAGAAGAAGAACAUCUUAUUAGCAUCUAUCCGUCGCGUCGCUGCAAGCAGAGCUAGCGGAUUGCAUCGUCAUGGGUUCUUGGGUGCGCACCAUCACGUCGCCCUUCAGGAAGAUGCUCAACCCACAGCGCGACGGCAAGACGAAGACGCCGCGCCACCACCACCACCACCAAUCUCCUUCUCCUUCUUCGUCAGCCAUGGAGCAGAGCGGCGAGAUGGACAGGUCGCAGCUCUACGGCGAGGUGAUGGCGUGCACGUACGAGGACGUGCAGGUCAUGUGGACCAUGCUCGACAAGGCCAGGACCUGCGCCGCCGCCGCCGCCUCGUGACCGCGCGCCAUAGAUGACCUUCACAUGAAACCUUUAUUUUUUUUUACAGUAGUUGGUUUUGUAUAGCAUGUUUCCAGCCGUCUGAUGAAUCCCCGCUGCUGCCACAGACGCGCGCGCGACACACGGAGUGCGUGUGUGAGCUAUCUUGGAGAGAUUUAGUGACUGUGCCAACAUUAAUUUAGCAUGUGUUUACUUAAUCUUGAGGCCAUCAUCUUCUGUUUCCUCUUUGGUGUCAGAGAUGCAUGCAUGUGUACUCAUCAUCCGAUACAUGCCAGGGUUUAUAUAUGUUAUUUCUGGAGAUCUGAACUGCCUCUGCAUAUAUAUAUAGUUCUGCACUAGCUUUUAUUGGUU